UUAACGUUUUGUUUUUCGUCUCGCGUUUUCUUCUGUAUCCGUUCCGCAGAAGUUUUUUUUUGGCGAAAAUACGAUAUUGACCGUUCCACAAACCGAGAUUCGGGAUACCCAACAUACGUAAUGGCCACCAGUGAAGAAGAAACGCAAGGAAACAUGAGUUUUCUCGAUUUACCGGAUUGUAUGAUCGAGCAAGUGUUCGAGUAUCUCAGCUACGACGAAAUUGCUAAGGAGCGAAUUGUAUGCAAAAAGAUUGAUCGCGUAAGUCAAUCGCUGCUGAACAGAGGUUUCAUGAAGAUGAUAAAAAGGCACAAUGCUAAUUUGAAAACUAUCAAGUCGCAACUUCCCCGGCGUGAAUCCGAACGGAGGAAUCACCCUUUGGCCAAGCAUUCGGACAUCUUGACUUGCAUCGAAACGAGAAUCUCAAUGCUUUCGAUGACUUAUUCGAAGUACAUCGACAAAGAUUUGUGCUGUUUCAUUCCCGGGAAGGUGAUCGACGAGGUUUUCAACAUUUUAAAGCUCAUUGAGGGCACCUCUAAGCCGCUCAGAACGCACGAGGUGUUGCAGGAAUUACGAGAUAUCUCAUCGAUGGCUAUUGAGCAUUUUGACGAAAACAUCGCUCACCGGCUAAAACGAAUUAUGGGUGUUCACCAUCCCAGCGGAAGUCAUUUGCCCUUUCCGACUCCAGGGUUCAUCCAAAAUGAAGUGGUUCUGCCCUGUGACGUCAACGGAGAGAAACUCAUUUUGCCUACGCUAACUCCGAUUUCCCCACACAAAGCCGGCACAUCUCAGCAGCUGUAUUGCCAUCAAAGUUCCUCAACGGCGUGCCACACCAGUCGCGUGAAUCAUGCAUCGAUUAAUCGCCUCAGCCACAAAUCUCGCAAAAUGAGACUUACCGUCAACAAGAUCGUAACCGCGAUGCAAAGUUACAAGCACCAGAUGAAGCAAAUGCGCUCGCAAAUUAUACGCAACUGCGUUGAAAUUAAAGAUCUACGCCGGCGUCUCGACGAGUCGGAAACAAAAAAUCGCGAACUGAUUGCGAACAUCAAUCAGCUUAGCUUCGGCGUCGCACCAACCAGCACAGAACUAGCAUCUAGUUCCGUCGAACCGAGCAAAACGGCCCGUUCUUUGACUACUCGCAACAUAAAACCACGCUCGGCCACCAUCAUAUUAAAGCGAGUACUGGCCGAAACCGAAUCGCUCGGUGCUCCCAUUGGCCAUGUUUCCACGUCAGUAGCUUCGAUGCUAUCGCCAGUGGAAGACGAGCCGCAGAGCUGCUCAAAGAAGGCAAAGCUGAAUUGAAGCGUUAUAUUAAUACUCUCUCUAUCUCUUACCUAUAACUUACGGUUAGAAGAGCAACAAUUAGAAUCUAAAAGGAAGUUUGAUUACUUCCUUAUCACUUCUCUUCUAUGAUAGUAUCUCUGUCGAUUUUAAAUUUAUGUAAGAAGCGAUCAAAAUGUAUACUACGAUUGGAAGUUGUCUCCUAACAGAUAGCUUAGAGAAAAACGGUAGCAACAAAGCUAGAAUACUGAAUUUGGACUAGCGUAUACUGUACUAAUAUCUUUCAACAUUAUCAACAAAUAAUUGCUCAGCGAAAAUCAGCAAUUGCGCGGCAAAUUGCUUGUUGGAUUAGUAUUGGAAGAACACAAGCCAUACAAGUAUGUGUUAGUAAGUAUGCUAAUCGAACUGCUGAUGUUGUUACUAUUAGAACACAGUAAGUAAUGUUUUCUGUUUCUUUAGCUGCGCUGAAUAGUUUCAUAAUUAUUAUUCGAAAUAUACAUUGAACUAACAUGAAA